UGUAUGUGUGUCGUGUUGUUGUUGUCAUUGUCAUCAUCAUUGUUGUUAUAGGGUCGUGAGAGAGACCGGUAAAAGUGCCCGGCUGUGGCCAUCACCACAGAUGGUGCUGCAUUAUAAUGCUUUUGGAGGUGAUCUGAUGUGGAGCAGGAUCUAAAAUAAAUUCAGUGCCUCAUCUUUGGCCUAUCAUCAGGAUUUGCAAUAUGGAGGUGGUGUCAGCGGAAGUGAACAGCUUGCUUCCUGAAGAGAUCAUGGACACAGGCAUAAUGCUGGAGGAAGAUGAGAACAUUGAGGCUGUAAUUGUGGGUGACUCCAUUCCUAUGGAAACAGAACUGGAAGGAAUGGCAGAUGUAAGCUCAGGUGGUGAUUCUACUGCUGUUGCUGCUGCUGCUGCUACUACUACAUCAUCAAUCACCACAGAGGCUGUCAUUGUGCCUAGCAACUGUGUAGGCCAUGUCGUAGGCAAUACUGCCACAACAAAAACUGAUAUUAGUGUAGCUGUACAACCUCCUUUUCAAAGUUGCCUCCAGAAACUGGGUACUCGGACUCCUGUCACUAUAUCAGCCAACCAGAUAAUUCUAAACAAGACAACUGACUUGAAAAUUGGUAACCAGACUAUAAAACCAGAAGGGCAAAAGCUCAUUGUAACAACUCUGGGGAAACCUGGACAACCAAUUGUCUUAACGCUACCCCACAAUCAGCUGUCACAGUCUCAGAAGGCCUCAUCACAGGUGCAAGCAGGCGACUCCAAGGUGUCAACACAGCAGUUCAAGGUGGUAACUAUUGGAGGAAGGCCAGAGGUGAAACCUGUUAUUGGUGUGUCAGCCUUAACUCCAGGGAGCCAGUUGGUAAAUACUACCACUCAAUCCUCUGUAUUGCAGACCCAGCAAUUAAAAGCAGUGCAGAUUGCUAAGAAAACCAGGACACCAACCUCAGCACCAGUGAUUACUAAGCUGAUCUUCACAAAACCAAUAAACAGCAAGGCUGUUACAGGGCAGACAACUCAAGUGUCACCGGUCAUUGCAGGUAGGGUUCUUUCACAGACUACUCCAGGAACACCUCCGAAGACUGUAACUAUCUCAGAAAGUGGUGUUAUUGGGACUUCUUUAAGCUCUACUAUACAACAGACACCAAAUAAGAUAGCCAUCUCUCCCUUGAAGUCCCCCAACAAGCAGCUAACAGUGGUGUCGGUCGCCUCACAGCCUCCAAGCUCUCCACAGAAAACAGUUGGUGUUCCUCUAAACGUAGCUUUGGGACAGCAGAUUCUCACAGUGCAGCAUUCAACACCCUCUUCUCCGGGAAAGGCUGUAGCUAACAGUACAACUGCUCAGGCUGUGAAAUCUGCAGUGCAGACCCUCACUAUGGGGGGAGUGAGUACAUCUCAGUUUAAGACCAUAAUUCCCUUGGCAACAGCACCCAAUGUUCAGCAAAUUCAGGUACCUGGAAGCAAAUUCCACUAUGUCCGGCUCGUAACUGCCACAACAGCCAACACCUCAGCACAGCCAGCCACUCAGAAUCCCUGCAGCAGCACGGCACCUCUUCAGCAAGCUAAGCCGAUGGUGGUGAAUGCAACGCCUGUGCGGAUGUCUGUCCCAAUUGUUCCGGCAGCGCAGACAGUCAAACAAGUGGCACCCAAACCAAUUAAUACAUCUUCACAGAUAGUUACCACAAGUCAGCCGCAGCAAAGACUAAUUAUGCCUGCUACACCACUGCCGCAGAUCCAGCCAAACCUCACCAACCUUCCCCCAGGCACUGUGCUGGCCCCAGCCCCUGGGGCUGGGAAUGUAGGAUAUGCAGUUCUUCCAGCUCAAUAUGUCACACAGCUACAGCAGUCAUCCUAUGUAUCCAUCGCAAGCAAUACCAGUCUUAGUGGGACAUCUAGUAUCCAGACACAAGCCCGCUUGCCAUUCAAUGGGAUAAUUUCCUCUGAAUCAGCGAAUCGUCCCAGAAAGCCAUGCAACUGUACAAAAUCACUGUGUCUUAAGCUGUAUUGUGAUUGCUUUGCCAAUGGCGAGUUCUGCAACAAUUGCAACUGUACAAAUUGUUACAACAAUCUGGACCACGAAAAUGAUAGACAAAAAGCAAUCAAGGCUUGCCUUGACAGAAACCCUGAGGCCUUCAAGCCUAAAAUAGGGAAGGGAAAGGAAGGCGAGUCGGACAGGCGGCACAGCAAAGGUUGCAACUGCAAGAGGUCUGGAUGUCUCAAAAACUAUUGUGAAUGCUAUGAGGCAAAGAUCAUGUGUUCUUCAAUUUGCAAAUGUAUUGGCUGCAAGAACUUUGAAGAAAGCCCAGAGCGGAAGACAUUGAUGCACUUGGCUGAUGCUGCUGAAGUGCGAGUCCAGCAACAAACGGCUGCAAAGACAAAGUUGUCUUCACAGAUUUCAGACUUGCUGACGAGGCCAGCGCCAGUACUGACCAGUGGAGGGGGGAGGUUGCCAUUUACGUUUGUAACAAAGGAGGUUGCCGAUGCAACAUGUGACUGCUUACUUGCGCAGGCUGAGCAGGCCGAGAAGGCAGGAAAGUCAAAGGCAGUAGCGGAACGGAUGAUUCUAGAGGAAUUUGGACGUUGUCUGAUGAGAAUAAUUAAUUCAGCAGGAAAGUCCAAAAGUGACCCUUGUGCCAUGAACUGCUGACUCUUGAAAAUGAGUUGUGGUCUGAGUGGGACACUAAAAGGCACAUGGACACUUUUUAGUUCGCAGCAGCGGAUGUAGUUACAGUAAUUCAUUUUUAAUUUGGUGCUGCUUAGUUUUCAUUGGCGUAUGUUCAUACUGACGCUUUGUAAUGAUGUGUACCUUUUUAGCUUAACUGUCUUUUACUUCAUGCAUAUGGGGUGCAUUUUUUGUCUUCUCAACCUCUAAACUUUGUGAGACAUGUAGAGUUUAGAUGGUUUUCUUAUUCUCUUUUCUCUCUUAGAAAGGAUUUUUCAGGCAAUUCUUUUUAAAUUAUUAUUUGCAAUUUAUAGUGUUAAAUUUUGUAUUGGGUGGGUCGGGAAGACAUCAGACAGGCUUUUAGGAAUAUCUUUUGCAAAUCCAGUUGAAAUUCCUGGGAGUUCUUACCAGGACAGUGUCUUGGACAGAUAUUCUUAGCACAUUUGAUCAGCAUUACAACACAGAUUUUGUUGCAAAAGCAUAGAUAACAGUACAUCCAUGGAUAAGUUAAUGGUGAAAAGCAAUUCAUAGAUGAAAAUCUGUCACUUGCUUUGUUAGCCACAGUCCUGACUUCAGUGGGAAUGCUUCUUGGUUUGAUUGUACUAUUAGAACUUAUUAACACAUUAUCAGAGCUAGAUACAGAAAUAUAACACUGAUAUACAAAAAUCAAGGUCAAAAUUUAUAUCUUAGCCUCAAAUAUUAUAAAACAAUCUUUAUAGUAAGUAUUUUUUAUAAAUAAUGUGUCACUGUAAUACAUAUUCCAAAUUUUAAUAAACUGCUUUCAUUCAAUUUCAAAUAUAUGAUCAAUAUUUUGUUUGACAAAUUUUAAUUUAACUAGAAAGUUUUAACAUUUCUGCUGUGUCCCAAACAUUUCUCAGUGUACUGAAAAAUUGAAAGCAAAUCUUUCUCUUUCUCCGAUCUAGCUAUGCUUUGUCAGGCAGCAAUCAAGUUUCCCACUAACUUCCUAAUCAACAAGAGUGUACUCUUUGAGGUGUACAACUUUAAUCACUAAAAGAUAUUUUGGUAGCAUAAUACUAUUUAUAUUCAUAUCAUCUUAUAGCUUCCCAAAAUUGUUGAAGCUUUACACACUUCCCAUGCAUGAGGUUAAAAAAAAUCCCUCAUUGGGUAAGCAAUGCUUGAUGGUGUUAUGUACCAUCUAAAGAGCAUUUUGCAAUACCACUUUUUAAAUUAAUGCAUGGUGGGGAGGGGAAACAUAGAUUAAAACGUAUCUAUAUAAAAUGCUAGAUGUUUUGCUAACUGAAUAGCUAGCCCCAAAUGAUUUCCCCAAUCUCCAGAUACUGGCCAAGAUCCAAAAAUCACACUAGUAGUUGUGUGUCCCUUGAGUUUCUCAAACAGCAGUUAUCCCCAUAUAGCAGACAACUUUGCAGUGGGACUUGGAAUUUGUGACUGGCCUGAAGAAAAAGAUGUGUGUGGGGAGGGGUCCCCUUGAGGGCACCUAAAGUGGCUCUUUGGAUCCUAGGUAGUCAGUGGGAAUACUUAAGAUGGCUCAAGGUUGUAUUUGAAGGAGCUACUCAUGUUUUAUUUUAAAUGUGAUCAGUGAAGUAUUGAGAGUAAAACUUUGAAAGGUGAGGUGUUUUACUGUGUUUUAACUAUGUGGUAGUAUGUACAGGUUUGAGUAGGCUACACUCUGUGGCCACCCUUCAAAACCACAAGUACACUUAAGCCCAUUUCAGAGGCCAUAAGUGCCUACCUGUUGGAUUGUGGCUACAGCACACCAGACAAUAGAGCUUUUCCAUUCAGAAAUUAUCUAAACCAAACUGCCUUGUAGCUGUGGCAUCUCUGCUGUUCUUUUUUUAAAAAAGGCCUCAUGUUUGCUUAUUUUUAAAAACUAUGUUUUAGCAGUGUAGUGUGUUAGCCUAUAUGACACUUUAUACCAAAACAAAACUAAACUUUAUGAUUCCUUGGUGAAACCAGAAAAAAUAUAAAAUAGCAUUAUUUGGGUGGAGAUGCUUAGAAGAAAGAACCUCUGUAACAAAUAUUAUUAAAUUGCUAAACACAAUUGCAUGGUUUUCUAUUGCAUCAAAUUAUUCAGUGGUGUUCUAAGUUUCACGAAUGGAUAUAAAUCACAUGCUUGAAUUAGGAAGCACUUGCUACUAUCUUAGACUGCUUUGUAAUUAUAAUACUGCAUUUUUUUUCCUCAAAGGGAUACCGUAUUUGUACAUAAAUAUUUUAUUAUAUAACUGUGUAUGUAUACACAUAGCAUGCUUGCAUUAUAUGUACAUUCAGUCCUGAAAGGGAAGCUAUUGUUAAUUUUACCCGAAUUGUUAUAUAAGUAGAAUUUUUGCCUUGGGAGGAAAAGGUCAGUGUGUGCUCCUUUCAGAGUAGGUGGUGAAGGCUCAUCUUUUUACUAAUUCUAUAAGCAUUCAUAAAAUAAGAGCUGUAUAAAUGUAAAUUAGUGUAAGUGGAUAAAUACUUGAUCAAGUUAUUUUUUUCAAACAUAUAUCCCUUGAUCUAGAACUAAAUCUGUGUUUAAUUUUGUACAUAUUGUGUCUUAUUCUAAUUUGCACCUUUUUGUGAUAAUUAUUUAUAAGUGUGCAGAAAACCUUUUUGUGAAGUUUGGAUUCCAAUUGUAGAUUAUGUAUGAUAGAAUUGCGUGUAAAAGAUAUGAAGAAGGUGCAAUCAAAGGUCUAGUUUUCUUUCCUUUUUUAGAACAAGCUCUCUUCUGCACUCAGCUUGAUUCUUCACCUCCUACUACUCUUGUUUUUUAACAUGGUUCUCUGCAUGAAACUGCUGCACAAGUUAGUAAAAAUAUGUCAAGAUACUGAGAGCAAUUUAUGAAACAUGUAGUAUAACAUCUCCAUUUUAGUGAAGUCUGCUGCAUUUCUGGAAUGAUAGGAAAAUGCCGAGCCAGAGUGCUUUUGUAUCGUACCCAUUGUCAGCAGAUUUUAAGAGGGGAGGGUGUCUGGGGUUAAUUUUCUAGUUCUGGUUUACAUCUAAAACAGAUUGAAAUUUAUAUUUACUACACCUAUUCAAAGAAUACGCUUUUCUAUAUUGUAAAACAAAUGUCAGAUAAAUCACAAAGAAAAAAAUAAAACGUUUAUACUAUUCUGUACAA